AUGGUCCCGCUAUCAUUCCUCUUCCCACUCAUAGUACGAACGCUUAUCACGCUUCCAUUUCCCCAGACGUAUUUUCAACCAGAUGAGUUUUAUCAAGCCUUAGAACCGGCUCAUCAUUAUGUGUUUGGGUACGGUUAUCUGACAUGGGAAUGGAGAGAUUUACCAUAUGCUCCCAGUGGAUUAUGGUGGGAGAGUCAUAUUGUUGGAGGUAGAAUGAGAAGUUGGAUAUGGCCAAGUAUCUUCGUGGGGGUAUACAAGGUAUUACAAUGGCUAAAAGUGGAUAAAACGGAAUUGAUUGUCAUAGCUCCAAGAUUAGUCGGAAUAGUUGUAGCGGCUUUGACUGAUUAUUAUACCUAUAAACUGGCGUCGAAAGUCUUGGGUCCUGGAGCUUCCGCUCCAGCUUUGUUCCUUUCUCUUACAUCACUUUUCAAUGCUCACUUAUUGCCAAGAGCAUUGUCGACUUCACCCGAAUCCCUGCUCACUACAAUGGCAUUAUGUUAUUUUCCAUUACCUGCAUUUUCAAAGGUCACUGUUGCCGCCUCUGACAGUCUGGUACCGGCAGGUGAGAAGAAGAAUACUGGAGAAGGCUGUGACACCCCUAUGUCUAAGCCUUCUUUGAAGAUGAGCUAUAUAGCGAUGGAUAGGAUUCCUCCUCACUUCACACAGGUAUCAUGUUCGGAUAACUUGCCACUUUCAAUCGCACUCGCCACGGUAGCGUUAUGUAUAAGACCUACGACUGGUCCUCUCUGGACGUAUCUCGGAUUUGAUCUUAUAGGUAGAAUCUGGAAGUGUUCUGGCGCGUCAGCGAGUCUAAAGGUUAUGAUAAUCGCUGCGCUCAGUCUCACAAUGACCUUUGCCACAUGUACUCUCCUCGAUUAUACCUACACCGGUCGACUGUAUUUCCCCGCAAUAACCUUCAUUCAUCACAACAUAGUUCAAAAUGUUUCUGCGUUUUACGGUUCUACCAAUCACUUCUACCAUCUCACACAAUCACUACCUAUCUUACUUUUCCCCCUGUGGUAUUGGUGGUUGCGAGGCUUCGUCUCGUGUCUUGUUCCCUCAACACUACUUGCGUCCGGAUUAGUUGAAAUGGAUCGACCGGAACCACUUCGAUUAUUGGCCAGAGCAGUCACCUUCUCCAUAGCGGUUUUAUCUCUCUCACCCCAUUCAGAAUGGAGAUUCCUUCAUCCAUUCCUCCCAUCUUUACUGCUGUUUGCUAUCCCUUCAUUGACCUCAAAAUAUGUCCCGUCGGUAUUAGGAUGUUACCGAUUUAUCCAUUCGUUAAGACAAUACACUCGAAUUCCUAAAAUGCCAUUCUAUCUCGUCCUCUUCGCUCCGAUUGUGCCUUUCGUGUAUCUGAACACGUUCCACGGAAGCGCUCAAGUCGAAGUCAUGAACGUAUUGCGACGAGGGAGAUUAGGCAGCGUACAAUCCCUGGUGGUCCUUGCGCCCUGCCAUUCCGUACCAUGGCAAAGCUCGCUACACUCACCAGAUCUGGGUGGAUGGUUCUUGACAUGUGAACCACCUAUAGGAGUGAACUCUGAUUCUCACAGAACUCAACAAAGCUUCUUCUAUCAGUCGCCUAUUACCUACCUUACAGAGGUCUUCCCAUACCCUCCAGCUCAACUCCGAGAUAUAGCGAAUAUCACUGCCAGCCCGAUUAAGCCAUCUCAUCUUAUCCUUUUCGGGGAGCUUCUAGAUAGAUCCGAAGUGAUUUCAGGCAAGCGCAUCUCAGUUCAGGAUGAAUUGACCAAUUUAGGUUACAAACAAAUAUGGUAUGGAUGGAAUGGGUUCGAUAUGCUGCAAGAUGAAGAUGAAAGGAGAGGUGGACUCACAGUGUGGAGGUUAAUUACGUAA